AUGGUCCAAAGUCCUUCAAAGAACACCGCACAUGCUAAGGCGUCCCCUGGAGGCGACGCGCAUCAAUCUCGCCUGAUUGGUGUGAGAAAUGUGCGAGGGCUACCCGUUCAACGACGGUUCGGGUUAAGGACGUUAGUCGGCCCCGACCAUACCGCAAGGCCACCAAGAUCAGGCCCCCGUACCCGCUUCGCGACCGUGAAUGUGGGCUCCCUCACGGGAAAAACGGUUGAACUCGUUGACAUGAUGCGACGAAGGCGCACACUCGCCACCUGCGUGCAGGAGACGAAGUGGAAGGGCGAGAAGGCGUACCCGCUAGGACACGGCUUCAAGCUGUGGUACUACGGGAAGAGUUCCACCCGCAACGGUGUCGGAAUUAUCGCCUCCCCCGAGCUGGCAGACUGCGCCACAGAGGUCAUUCGCACCUCCGACCGACUCAUGGCGGUUCGUUUUGACUACAAGGGCACUGAGAUCAUGCUGAUUUCGGCAUACGCGCCCCAGUCAGGUUGCCCUGACGAUGAGAAGGACUCCUUCUGGGAAGAAUUCUCUGACCUGAUCAGGACCAAGCGACCGGACGAACUGCUACUCGUCGGCGGAGACCUCAAUGGUCAUGUCGGACAGAGCAACCGCAAGUACCCACGCCAACACGGCGGCAAGGGUUACGGUAUUGCGAACCCCGACGGAGAAACCAUCCUCGAACAUGCCGAGCAGCUAGACCUUGCUCUGUGCAAUACGUUUUUCGCUAAACGUCCCUCCCAUCUGGUGACGUACUGUAGCGGAGGUCACUCCUCGCAGAUCGACUUUUGGGCAGUCCCCUGUGGAUCACUCCCGAAGGUUAUGAACUGCAAGGUCAUUCCAAGUGACAACGUGACCACACAGCACCUGCCGCUGUAUGUUGACGUGCAACUCCCCACGAAGACAACGAAGCGUCGUGUUCUGAACAUGACUGCCAGAAUCAAGUGGUGGAAGUACAAGGAAACCCGGAGGCUUGCCCUACAGGAUGAACUACGAGAUAAGCUCAUGGACAUGAAGUACUGGAAGUUGGACAGCAAUGACCAAUGGAAGGAACUCAGUUCGGCCAUUAGAGCAACGGGCAAAUCCAUCCUGGGCGAGACCAAACCCGGCCGUAAGCGCAUCGACAAACAGACGUGGUACUGGUCUGAACCAGUCCAAUCGGCUGUUCGAGCCAAGAAGUCGGCGUUGAAGGAAUGGAAGUUGACGAACACGCAAUCCUCGCGUGAUGCAUACAAGGCAGCGAGAUCAGCAGCCAAAUCCGCGAUUGCUAAGGCCAAGGCCGAAGCAACUGGCUCGCUGUACAACGCACUUGACACACCCGAAGGCGAGAAGAUGAUCUAUCGGAUCGCCCGGGCACGUCAUGACGCCUCGAAGGACAUCGGCCAGACCCGUAGUGUCAAAAGCAAGACGGGCCAG